CAAUCAUAGAUUUAGUUAUACACUAGAGAUAUAAUAAAAUUCUUGAUGGUAGUAAUAUAACAAAAUCAUUUAUGUUCUAUUUCUUCAGAAUGCCUGAGAGUAAAAGAAAACUUUAAAAAAUGGAAGGGGCAAAUCAAACCACUGUGACAGAAUUUGUCCUGCUGGGCCUCUCCGGCCACCCAAUGUUGGAGACCGUUUUCUUUGUGCUGGUCUUGUGGAUGUAUUUGGUAAUCCUUCUGGGCAAUGGUAUCCUCAUCAUAGUAACUGUCUAUGACUCCCACCUACACACACCCAUGUACUUCUUCCUUGGUAACCUCUCCUUCCUGGACAUUUGUUAUACAACCUCUUCUGUACCCCUAGUUCUAGACAGUUUCCUCACCCAAAGGAAAACCAUUUCCUUUUCUGGUUGUACAGUACAAAUGUUUUUAUCCUUUGCUAUGGGAGCAACUGAGUGUGUGCUCCUGAGUAUGAUGGCAUUUGACAGAUAUGUGGCGAUCUGUAAGCCUCUGAGAUACCCUGUUAUCAUGAGUAAGGGUACUUAUGUGUCAAUGGCCACUGGCUCCUGGAUAGCAGGGGCAAUCACCUCUACAGUGCAAACCUCUCUUGCAAUGAAAUUGCCCUUUUGUGGAGAUAAUGUCAUUAAUCAUUUUACAUGUGAAAUCCUGGCUGUCCUCAAACUGGCGUGUGCAGAUAUCUUACCUAAUGUGAUUAGCAUGACAGUUGCGGAUAUAAUUUUUCUAGUUUUCCCAGUGCUAUUCAUUUUUACUUCUUAUGUUUUUAUCCUUUCCACCAUCCUGAGAAUCCCUUCAGCAGAGGGGAGACGCAAAGCCUUUUCUACCUGCUCAGCCCACCUGACUGUAGUGAUUAUAUUCUAUGGAACUAUCUUCUUCAUGUAUGUGAAACCCAAAUCUAAGGAUUCUCUUGGAGUAACCAAAGAAGAUGUUACUGACAAGUUCAUCUCUAUGUUCUAUGGUUUGGUGACACCUAUGCUCAAUCCCUUGAUUUAUAGCCUGAGGAACAAAGAUGUGAAGACAGCAGUGAAGCGUUUGCUGGGUCAAAAGAUCUUCACUAAGUAAAGUCAGAUGACCUAUAUCUGAUCCUUGGGAAGGAGAGAACAUUUAUGCAAAGAUAUACUUGAGAAAUAUUUAAAAGAUAAAAUACUUUUAAACAAAAAGAUUCUGUACAACAAAACAAAGAACUUUUUUUUGAUUUAGCACUCAUUACAAAUGUUAUUGUAGACAACAGACUAAAUUUUUAAAGCCAUUUCAUGUAAGAAACACUUCCUUGUGAAGGUACACAUAAGUAUGGCAUACAAAGUGUGGAUAAGUUUGACCCUGAAGAAAUAAUUUAUCUUCAACUAUUCUCUUCUGUCAUUAUUAUUCAAUUAUGUUCAUGUUGCCUCCCUUAAUUAUUUCAACCUGACCAAUAUAAAAGCCUGCAUAAAAUUUCAAACAACCAAUUAAACUAAAUAAUAGGAAGACACAUAGAUCUGAGAUCUUUGAGAAAGAAAAUUGGGAUCAAAAAGAGAAAUGUGAAAGUUGAGCCUUGAAUGAGAAAAUUAUACCUCAUAAAUUAGUAGGUUCUUAGUGCUUAAUUGGAUCUGAAUUUGACAACAUUUUUUCCAACUAUCUAAUAACAAAAAGACAUUGUCUAUGAAUUCUUUUUUAUCUUUCACUCUUGUAGAUAAA